AAAAUCGGAAUUAAUGUCUGUGCGGCACACCCUGGUACAUGCAUCCGUCGUUCAUCGAAUUUAAUAUGUGUAUAAUAUUGCGCGCCCGAAUACACGUGGACGUUCUCGCGCGCUCCAAUACGCGUGGCAACCAACGCGCCGAAAUCUUCUCGUUCGCACGACCAUGCGUGUGAACGAACUCGAAAAAAAAAAAAUAAAUAAAUAAAAAUAAAUUAAAUAAAUAAAACGACGGGCGCGACGGCAAGCCGACGAUUUACACUUUCGUUUUCCGUAAUUUACGCUUUCAUUUUUCUCGCGCGCCUUUUCACUCGUUACUCGCGUCACCGGCGCGUUUAUCGGGAAACGACGAACGGCUGCGGCUGCAAUUUAACCGACGACUCAUCAUGUUCCUUCGUGGAGUGCUUAAUUAAAAAAAAAAAAUAAUAAUAAUAAUAACUCAAAAUUAAAUGAAUGACACGUAUAAAAUAUUUUUUGGAACUGAACGAUAAAACGAAUUCGAUCUCACUGUCGUACAUGUACCUGGAUGCUCCGAGGACACGCUCCACGCGUGUCUCCUUUGAUCUGGUGCCUUCUCCACCGAAUUCAACCGACUGUGUGGUAAUGAAUGACCACCAAAAAAAACUACCGAUACUUGAAAAAAAUAUACCGUACGAACACUGCCUCGUUUGCUGCAUGUGGAUCGCCUUAGCAGCCUUAGCCACUGUCGGGGCCCAAACGGUCCCUCAAAACGCUCACUGUGUCGUCUACACAGACAGCUGCGGACAGUUACUGGACACCCUCCCGGUGUGCCAAGAUUUUAAUCGACAAGUGUGCAACCGUCCCGCCUGCAAGUUUAUUCAUCUCAGUGAUGGAAACGUGGAGGUGAUUGACAACCGUGUAACGGUGUGCAGGGACGCAGUGAAGGGCGCGUGCAUGCGACCUCAGUGUAAAUAUUACCACAUACCGGUCGCGUUGCCGCCGGCGCCUCUGAUGGCGAUCGCAUCGUCUGCCUCGCCUUAGGGUUACUUUUGCCAGCGGCUAACGCUGGGACCGCAAGAGGAAACGAGGAAGAAGACUCGAUAAGUUUGCGCGAACACGCAUCUCCGUACAUGUCGGGAUUAUUGUGCAUCGAGGCGGCAUCAGUAGCGACACCGGCGAACAAAGCGUAUGAGAAGAAAUGGAGGCACACCGAACAUCGUCGUUCUUGUCGUCGAUUCGAUUUAGCUUCAACAGCACGUCGAUAUUCCUCCGCGACAUUCCUUUCCGAUGUACAUGCUUAUAAUGCACACGCACGAAUGUGCGAACGCACGUUCAGGUGACAGAGGGGAAAUAGCGCGCGGUAGGAAGAAUAAGAGUAGGAAAACGUUGCCGAAGAGAGGUUUCCGUCGGCAUGAAGUCGGAACGGGGAAGGAAGGAAACGCGUAUAAGCCCGAAAGUUCUUGCACAUGUAAGAGACGUUGUUGCCGAAAGAGAAGACUGAAACCGAGAAAGAAUUUUGGGUGAUUGGAUCGUGGAAGUUGAAAGACCGAGCAAUCCGGUGAAUCGUUGCGUUGCGUCGCGUCGUCGUGAAGAUUGUAUCGUCGAAGUAUUCGUUACAAUCGCAGCGAGCUAGUGAGCAAAGUCUUCCUUAAUAUCGUCUUUUUUUCCUUUCGAUUUAUAUUUGGCUUCCCAUGCAUCGCGUAAGGGUAAAUAAACUCGAAACGGUUCGGAAUAACUCCCCUAAAACCGGAGCAGUAUUUCAACUUUCACAAUACUCUUUUUUUUUUUUUCUUUUUUUUUCGUUAACUCGCUCGUGAGGCUGGGUUCUUUCGGAACGAGUGUAAAGCAUCGACAACGGGAAAACAAUGACAACGUUUUGUCCCAUCGGGUAAACAUGAAACUUGAAUACAUCGGGAUCCAUUCUUCUCGCGAGCGAGCGAGUUAGCGAACAAUGACCCGCGGUUCAGUAUCGUUUAAGUUUCUAUGACUUCUCAUUGACGUAGCGAAGUCGCACCAGCUUCUUUCUCGGUCUUAAUUAAUAAUCGAUGAAUAAUAAUUUUUUCGAGGGCAGCAAAAAAGCUGAAGAAAUAAGUUUUAUUUUCGAUUCUGAAAUCUUGCUUUUAUGACAUCGAUAUUUUGAGUACAAUUAUUUUUGUCCUAUGAUCGAAAAGUAGAAGAAACAAGGAAGAGUCAUAUAUAAAAUACUAUAUAAGACACUUGUCUUAUACAGCAGCAUGCAACAUUACUGCAACGUUAGCAAUGUUAUUACAAUAUUACUGGAACGUUGAUGCAACAUUGUUGGAAUGUCCUGUAUUGUACAGGAUCUUUCUUCAUCUCUUUUUCAUCAUAGAAAGAAAUAAUUGCGUAAAUUAUGUUUUAAAGAUUACGAUUGACAUUUAUAAUAGAUUUGAUAUUUUCUAUGUUUGUGAGAACUUCGCACUCUCUUACGAUUUUCUUCCUUUUCCCAAUUUCUGACAUGCACUCAGUGUCUUCUUUCGCUGUGACGUGUGAUGCACGUUCGCGCAAUGCAAGACAUGCUCGUUAGAAAAUCCGAAGAGAGUUUGUCUCGAAAUAUUGUUCUAUAAAGGCGUAUUAAUAUUAUAUAUAUAAUUCUAUUAUAUAUUUACGCCAGGUUUCGGCGUAAGAAAGAAAUCGUAACCUUAUCACACAUAAGUAGAUUAGCUAGGGGCCGCGAAUCAACGCGAUGAAACAAAUGACCGAUGAACACUGAUUUUGAAGAAGAAGAAGAAGAAGAGAAACGUAUAUAAUACAAAAUAUAACGACGAUAAAAUAUCACCGAGAUGAUGAGAGAAUUUACACGAGAUAUGAUAUAACGCGGCGAACGCAUAUAACGAAGUUUUUUAUACUCGUAUAUAACAAAUCUCAAUUAUAUUUUGUUUUUAUGAUAAUAAUGUAAACGCCUGUGUGUAUAUACGUAUGAGGAGAGACAUGUAUAUGUAUAUGUAUGCAUAUGCGAAAGGGUGUAACGAUUUCGCUCGAAGAGGAGCAUAAUAGUUAUCGGCGGAUUGAUUGGCGGCAAUUAGAUGAGCGGAGUGAGAUAAUGGUCGGAAAUGGAACGUCGAAAUUUCAGAAACUGCGAAGCGAUCAAUUCUCUCUCGCGCGAGAGGAAUAGGAAGCCUUAACGAGGUUUACACUGGCUAUUUGACUUUCGACCGUCUUACUUGAUUCGCGAGAACCGAGCAAACGCCGAAAAUCGCACAUUCUAUAGGCUGGUAAACACUAAUUAAUUAUUACACUAUGACAAAUGUAUAUGACAAAUUUAUAUGCAUACGAUAAGAAAUUAUAUUUAAUUAAAGGUAGACUCUCUUCAGGGGGAGUUGGAAGUAUAAGACGAGAGCGAUCGCGAGAGGAGAUAUCGCGAGAGAUAUUCUUGGUGCGAACGAAAGCUGCCGAGAGAGACGAGAGGAAUCGUUUUAUAUAUCUGCUCUUCGAGACAAAUGAAAAAAAAAAAAAAUGAAACAAUCGAUCCGCUGGAUCGCGUGUAUAGGUUUACACGAUCGAUAGGGAAUAAGUUUAUACGUUGUUUCAGUCUUCGUAAAUACGCGACCCUUCGUAAUUACUUUAAUUGUUGCGUUAAUAUCCUUUAAUCUAAUAAUUAUUCAUUUCCCGUGAAGGACCCCCCUCCAUCGAUCGAGUCUUUCGUCAUUAAAUGCAUUCUUCAUGAUAAUUCUUUCGUGCACGCUUAAUUGCAUCUUCGAAGGUAACUCUCUACGAUUACGCGUGCACUUUGCAUAUAUACAUAUAUAUAUUCGCGUUUGCGAAUCUCAUUUCUUUCCACAGUUAAAAAUUUAAACGAUACAUUCUCGCGUCCAGAAAAAAAAAAAAAAACAAAUAUUCC